AGCUUAACAUUUAUGCCUACACAAUGUUUACCAACAGAAUGGGUAAACGCUUACACUUUGUGUAGUAUAUGUCAUUCUCUAGAAAUCUGAAUUUAAAAAUAUAUUAUUUAUAAAUGAAAAUAGAAUUAUAGUUUCAUAAAAUGGAACAAGUAGGUACAGUUGAAGAAAAUUCAGAAACAAAUACAAAACAACCUCUAAAGAACAAUAAAACAGGAUCUAGUGAUGAAAAAGCUCCAGACAGUUCAGAAAAUCAUGGUACUACCGGCAAAAAUAGAAAUACUAGUUGGAAUAAAGGAAAAAAACGAAAAAAAGGCCCUAAAGAUAGUACAGCACCGAAACAACCUUUAACUGGAUAUGUGCGGUAUCUAAAUGAUCGCCGUGAAGUUUUGAGAGCUGAAAAUCCUACAUUACAAUUUGCCGAGAUAACAAAGAUUUUAGCAAAUGAGUGGAGUAAUUUACCAAUGUCCAAAAAACAGCAAUAUUUAGAUGCAGCUGAUAAAGAUAAAGAACGGUAUAAUCGUGAGUUAGAUGCUUAUAAACAAACGGAUGCAUAUAAAGAAUUCACCAAAUCUCAGCAGUUAGAAAAGAAGUUGAAAUUGGAAAAUGCUCAGAAGAAAGAAAUAGAAACGAAUUCAAAUAAUCAAGUUCAUGGUGUGAAAAAAGAAAAAGAACAAAAAGAAGUAAAAGAUAAAUCAAUCAGAGAUGAUCGAACAUUUGCUCAAAAUGAAAAGGAUGGAGAGUUUACGAAUUUUGAUAUACCAAUAUUUACUGAAGAGUUUUUGGAUCAUAAUAAAAAUCGUGAAGCUGAAUUAAGACAGUUAAGAAAAUCGAAUACGGAUUAUGAACAACAGAAUGCAGUUUUACAAAAGCAUAUUGAACAUAUGAAAUCGGCUAUAGAAAAAUUAGAAUCGGAAACUUCACAACAGCGUAAUCAUAAUGUUGCGUUACAAAAACAUUUGGAUCAUCUACGAUCAACGCUUACGAGUGCAUUCUCCACAGUAAAAUUACCAGGUACAAAAGAAGUUGCAACAAUACAAACAAUCGAUACAUACAUUGGAAGCUUACAUAGUUUACUUCUGGAAAAUAACAAUCAUAGUUUAGUGAAAAAUGUACGUGAAAUAAUUGCUCGAUUAAAUUUUGAAGGAUGACAGGAAGAAGAAAAUUGUACUAAAGAAACAUCUCCAAAAACAACAAUAGUAUCUGUAAAUAAAAAACGCACACGAAAAAAAUAAUUUUAAGAGAUAUUUUUUUGUACAUUUUAUUGUUUAAUUUAUUUUAUAACAAAAUGUAAGAUUA